CUGUGGGCUGUUUCAGUUUAGUCCGUCUGCCUCUGCUCUAGUGGAUGGAUGCCUCUAGCGUGUGUUGCGACUUUGCCUAGAAUCUCAUAGGAUAAAGAGUAAAAACAACUAGAUGUAUCCCACAGUGAUAUCCUAAGCAUUCCAAAGAACCUGUAUUUGUUGCCUGAAGAUUCUGAAGAUUUACCCAUGAAGGUGUUGAGUAAUCACGUGUCUAAAAGUCUUUCUGAGGGUAGCAUGGACUCAUUCAUCAUGUUGCCUUCAACAGGAGAUGUGAAAGUCGAACACGUGCUCCAUGCACAGUCAAGCAAAACAACUCCUGGAAAUGCUUCUCCUACUGAGAAUAUCAAUCAAAAGCGAUGGCGGAAUGUGUUCAGAAGGAUUCAGAAGAAGGGCAUCCAGACAACUGUGAAUCUGCAACCGAAGUCAUCUUUGUUUGGACAGCCUCUUUCCCAUGUCUUUGUUGAUGAAAUGACACUUCCAAAGCCCAUUACAGAGAUCCUGUUGCUUCUGUGUAAGAAUGGACCUUGCAUGGAAGGAGUGUUCAGGAGAGCAGGGAAUGCUCGCGUGAUCAGGGAGACCAAGGAGAAGCUGAACGCUGGAGCACAAGUGGACUUUAGCGACAUGCCAGUUCUGCUGCUGGCUGCCCUUCUCAAGGACUUUCUAAGAGAAAUCCCUGGUGGUUUACUGAUGGAGGAGCUGUAUCAAUCCUGGAUGACGGCAAUGGCAGCCAACAGUGUCGAUGAGAGAUGCGAAGCACUGAAAAAGGUGAUUGAGGGGCUACCAGCACAGAACACCAUCCUUCUGAGGCACCUGGUCUCCAUGCUUGAUCACAUAAGCCAGAAUGCAGAACAGAACAAAAUGAACCCCAGGAAUUUAGCUGUCUGCAUCGCGCCCAACCUUCUCCGUGUUGACCAGGUUGAAGCAGUUGAAAAGGUCACAAACCUCACAGAGUUUCUCAUUGAAAAUUACCAUGAAGUGUUUGGUGAGAGUAUUCAGUACCUUUUUGGUGACUCAGAUGAGGAGGAACUGAAUGACUCCCAAGAUUCUCUGUGUCCGCCCCAACACGACUCUGCUUAUGAAACUGACGCUGAUGGAGAGAAGGGCAGCUGUGUGCACCUGGUGUCCUCUGCUGACGGAAAGUUACGAGACCGUCUGAUCUCAGGAACAUCCACCCCAGCAAAGGAAACUUUUCACACCUUCACAAAGCCCUUUGCCCGGAGACGCUCGGAGCCCGCCAUCACACUCCCCCAGAGUUUAAGAGUUCAGCCCACUCUCACGAGGAGUCACACCAGCUCUCUGCUGAAGACCGAGGGCGACAGCUGCCACUGUCAGAGCAUGCUGCUGAGCAAGCAGAUCUCAGACGAGUGCAUCGUACCAAAGAGCUGGAGAUCACUGGACUGCAGCCUGGCACACGGACAGCACCGCGUCCAUCCCUUUGCAUCCGGAGGCUGCCGCUGCUCCUCCUCCUGCUCCCUGGAGAGUGCCUUCUCCAGCGCAUCCGAGACCUCCAUCACCUUCGCCAGCUCACCGCCAGCCUCACCAUCCCACCAGAGGAGGAGCCUGCCGUGUGAACUGACCCCUGCCCCUGUCCCCUCCCCCAGCCAACCCCCCCAGGAGCUUCCGGACCGCCGGGAGCCCACCCUCCAGAGGCGCUCCAAGUCGCUGCGCUACGCGGUCACCCAGAACCGGGUGGCCCUGAGGCGGGGUGGCUCCAGCCGCUUGGCACGAGACAAGAAGACGUCGCUCCAGACGAGCGCCCUCCCCGAGGACACUGAGCUCUUGUGCAGGCCGCUGGCCCUCUCCAGCUCACAGGUGUUCCAACAGGUGGACAGCAGGAUCCCCAGCCCCCCGCCCUCCUACAGAGAGGCGACGCAGAGCUCUCCGCCUGCGUGCCACUCCAUGAUGACCGUGCAGGAAGCGUGGCGUCAGAAAAACCCUCGCCUCGAUGCACACCCCGCCGACCAGUCACACACACUCCACAAUGACAUUGUCGCAAGUGACGUGACAAACGGACCUGACGGAGCCUCUCCCGCUGUGCGUGUGGCUGUGUGUCGAACAAGGUCCAUAUCAGAGUCUGUUUACCAAGCGCCGGCGAAGAGGGUGGUGCGCAGAUGUAGCCAGCCUGUGUUUGAGGAACUGAUACAUGCUCGAGAAUCGUAUGUGUGAGAUGGCUCACCCUCACACAGAGACUAUAAUCAGCUGUAAAUAAAUGAGGACUGCAUGUUCAAAUGCUGCCUGCAUUACUGUAUACCCAGCAUCUAAUGAGUGACCAAAAUGCUAUGCAUUAAAAUGUAUAUAUCAUUGUAUAACAAUGAAAAUACUCAUGAUUAAA